UGGAGAAUGAUUCCAGUACUGACGAGCUUGAGGAUAAUCAAGGAGACUAUGUUGAUAGUGAUAAUUCAGAAGAUGAAUCAGCACCUUCACUCGUGCAGCCGCAGCCCGUUGAAACACAAUGGGCCAGGAGAUCCACUGGAGUCACUAAACCUCCAGAAAGAUUCAGUCCAUCAGUCAAUUACCUUCUUUUGACGGAAAACAGAGAACCAGAAAGUUACCUUGAAGCAGUAAAGCAGAAUGAUUCGUUUCAGUGGGAGCAGGCUAUGAAAGAAGAACUGGGUGCCUUGCACAAGAAUGGUACUCUUAGAAACGCAGAAAAGUGGUUUUCACAUCUAUAAGAAAGUUGUUCAAGUUCUAAUGUUAUGCUCAAAUAGUGGAAAUGGUCUUCUGUUUCUCUUUGAGCCACUUAUCCAGCAAAAAAUGAACUCAGAAUUGGAUGAAAAAUGACUGGAUGAGUGGUCCGAAACCAUGAGACCAUGAGUGACAGAAAGGCUAUAGUCAUUAGAUCCAAAAUGAAAUGAGACAACAAUGGAAUAUUCCAGUCAAAAUAGCACCUGCAGUAAUGAUGCAAGUUGAUAUGGAAAUCCAACAACUCCAAACAACGUUUUAGUAAGGAGAUUCUGGAAGAAUUGUUUCUUCUUGACCUGGAAGAAUUCUUGAUGGAGUAAUUGUGUUUGACAUUGUUGGGAGGAGAACGUCGAAUAAAGAUUAAAGAAGAUGUUUAGGAUUAUCUUUUUUACUUUUGUCUUAUAGGAAAUUAUGCAUUGUAUAUCAGUAAAAAUAUAUUUAUAUUUAUUUGGGGUUAGAGCAGUUGUGUGCAUAGUGGUGGAGGGUAAUCUAUUGAUAACACCCUCCCAAAACUUCCUUCCAAAUUUACUUGAAAAAGUUGAAAUGCUUAUUAAGAAAAUAAAAA